UCAACAACCUCAGCAGCAGUAUGCAGGCAAACGGGGGCAGGACAGGGACAAGAAUCCUCAGAGCUCUCCUGCCUGAACAGCGCACAAAACGGGGAGUCAUCCUCGGCCGGCGGAACCCACUCGAAUGGGCUUCUCUCCAGCACAGACAACGGAAAUAGUGUCGGUACCAGUAACGGGUCUUCAAGCGGGCCCGGUUCGGGGACUUCGGCUGCCUCUACGGCUUCGGGCUCGGAGGUCGGCUCGUUGAAAAAGAAAAAACGACUAUCGCAGGCGGAGGAAGAUGUCAUACGAUUAAUAGGGCAACAUCUCCACGGACUAGGGCUGAAUCAGACAGUGGACCUGCUGAUGCAGGAAUCAGGCUGCAGACUGGAGCACUCCUCAGCUACCAAGUUCCGCAACCAUGUCAUGGAGGGGGAGUGGGACAAGGCUGAGAAUGAUCUCAAUGAGCUGAGAGCACUGAUGCAUUCUCCCAAUGCUAUUGUGCGUAUGAAGUUCCUACUGCUGCAGCAGAAGUACCUAGAGUAUCUGGAGGAUGGCAAAGUCCUGGAGGCUCUGCAGGUGCUUCGGGGAGAGCUGACACCACUCAAGUACAACACGGAUCGCAUCCACGUACUUAGCGGGUACCUAAUGUGUAGCCAUGCUGAGGAUCUGAGGGCAAAGGCAGAGUGGGAGGGCAAGGGAACCGCCUCACGCUGCCGACUGCUGGACAAAUUGCAGACAUACCUGCCACCUUCUGUGAUGCUGCCCCCUCGGCGGCUGCAGACCCUGCUGCGGCAAGCAGUGGAGCUGCAGAGGGACCGCUGCCUCUAUCACAACACCAAGCUGGACAGUAGUCUGGACUCAGUCUCUCUCCUCCUCGAUCAUGUCUGCAGCAGGAAGCAGUUCCCCUGUUACACCCAACAGAUCCUGACAGAGCACUGUAACGAAGUGUGGUUCUGCAAAUUCUCAAAUGACGGCACCAAACUAGCCACAGGCUCUAAAGAUACUACUGUCAUAAUUUGGCAAGUGGACCCGGAAAGCCACCAGCUGAAGCUGCUGCGAACCCUGGAGGGUCACGCAUACGGUGUCUCCUACUUAGCCUGGAGUCCCGAUGACACCUACCUGAUCGCCUGUGGGCCUGACGACUGCUCUGAGUUGUGGCUGUGGAAUGUUCAGACGGGGGAGCUGCGGACCAAAAUGUCCCAGUCCCAUGAAGACAGUCUGACCAGUGUGGCCUGGAACCCUGAUGGCAAACGCUUUGUCACUGGAGGACAGAGAGGACAGUUUUAUCAAUGUGACCUGGACGGUAACUUGUUGGACUCCUGGGAGGGCGUGAGAGUGCAGUGUCUGUGGUGCCUGGGUGAUGGCAGAGCAGUGUUGGCCUCAGACACCCACCAGCGUAUACGGGGGUACAACUUCGAGGACCUUACGGACAGAAACAUAGUUCAGGAGGACCACCCUAUCAUGUCUUUUACUGUUUCAAAGAACGGAAGAUUAGCUUUGUUAAAUGUAGCAACUCAGGGAGUGCACCUGUGGGACCUUCAGGACCGGGUGCUGGUGAGGAAAUACCAGGGCGUGACCCAGGGCUUCUACACCAUCCACUCCUGCUUUGGAGGACACAACGAAGACUUCAUUGCUAGUGGCAGUGAAGACCACAAAGUGUACAUCUGGCACAGGCGCGGUGAACUUCCCAUCGCUGAGCUAACAGGCCACACACGCACUGUUAACUGCGUGAGCUGGAACCCGGCCAUCCCAGGACUCAUGGCUUCUGCCUCAGAUGACGGCACAGUGCGUGUAUGGGGUCCUGCGCCCUUCCUCGACACACAAGAGGCGGACGGACUCAAUGAGAACUGCAGUAACAUGGACAGUUGAUGGUCACUUUAUGGACCAGAUGACAUCUCUCUUUAACAAGAAUCCAAGAAUCCCACAAUAAAACAAAAUCUAAACGGGCGAACAAAAUCUAACGGCAACCCUAAAGCAAGUGAAGAAUAACAAACAGAAGCCACCAAGACAAAAGAGAAAACAAAAGUGAGAUAAUGUUGUCUCCUGACUGGCCUAGACAAAACGGUGGAGUUGAUGAUGUACCCUCUGAAAAUUCAGGUACUCAUUCAAAACCUGAUCCUGACCCAGAGGAAAAACCAAUCAACACCCAGCGGGACACGACCGCCAUCCACAUGGUGAGCUGUAACGGCUGUUCUCCUCCUCCAACUGAUCCUUCUUCCCCCAUCUUGCUGCAUGGUCACCAGCCAUGCCAGGUCCUUUGCAGAGUUUCCCAGGAAACCCACUUCCACCUUGAGCUUGGAGCACAUCAAAACCCUGUGAUGCCUCCAGACAAACACCGCAGACUAGCCGUCUACUCAUUGGACUACAUCUGUCUGCCUGUUUGUCUCUCACAUUACCUGUAAAAUGUCUCCAUGGACAUGGGUGGGGUGUUGUUGCGGGAGGAUGGUGCACAGGGGAAUAUAGCAACUCUUCUGUAUGUAUGUUUUCCUCUUCACCACUCUCCUGCUAUGUUCUUCGCAUUUGAUCUGUUGGACAAAGGCUGAAAAUCCACCAUAAAAACACUGUCCGACCAGCUGAUAAAGAACACAAAAAAAAAGGCUAUGCUAAAUGUCGGAAUUUUUUUAUAAUAGUCAUAGCGUAAUUCUCAUUUAAAAGGUGAAUCUUAGCUCAAGUAGUUCCCGUGGAAAUCUUUAGCGUGAAGACUCCACUUUCUGUUUCUCGACAUUAGGAAAACAAAACUUUUUAUUCCUUAAUUUAACUUCUAACAAGGACAGUCGCUAAAAUGUUUCCAACUGACAGCCCCCAAACCCCUCUGUCGAGCUAGCUACCGCACAACUCCAUUUACAUCUGCCUAAGAGGGGAAGGACAGAGGGAUUCACAGGUCACACAUCAACGGUGAGGGGGUCAGACGUUGUUGGUGAGGUGGGGUUUCCUCUGUCAGGACACGUACUGUGACCUUUCUCAAAAGACAUGCUUUCAGAUGUGAAAGAGUUCAAGUGCAACUUGGAUUGCACACCGUUGACUGCUGUCCCUCCUCCGUGUGUGUGUGUGUGUGUGUGUGUGAGAGAGAGAGAGUGAAAGUGGUUAUGCAUGCGCAUAUUGGUGUGAGAGCUGACAUUUGUGGGUGCAGGUUUAAUCGGCGCGUGUUUUUGUAUGUGUGCUCAAUUCACACCAGCAGAAGAUCCACCCCACUCCCCUUCCCCUGCGCUCCUAAUCCCAUAGUAAAAUUGUAAAGAGGAUUUUAAACCAAUUCUAAGUUAUCCAAAGCCCCAUAGGGACCUCUAUCUGUGGAACAAAGACUAUUUGAGAGCCAUUUUGUAAAAGAAAAACUUUUCUUUAAUCUGGGGCUUUAAUUUUUACAUUUGAAUUUUUUUUUUCUCCUAACCACACGGCAUUCAAACGGCACGGAGUUAUCAACAAUGAAUCAUCUUUCUGGGGAGAAGAAAAAGACAUUUAAAAAGAGGCAUGUUUCAAAAAGCUGUAAAGUGUUGUGUUGUUAGCAAAGGGUCAUUUCAUAUGAGAAGUUAAUGAUUGUAAUUAUUGGCUGAGUAGUUAGAGAGAAGAGGCACCAAUAACCAGAACCACUCUCUGAGCCUACAGUGUUAGUGUUGUUGCAGUCCUCACACACACACACACACACACACACACACACACACACACACACACAACCAACACACACACACACACAAACACAAACACAAAACUGCCUUCCUGUUCAUACGGUUGUACACACAUCUUCAGUAUGUAUGACACCACCCCACACUGCACUCAAAGUGCAGUGUCACCACACUUGCCGUUCUGAUGGCUUGAAAGGUUGCAUUGGCAAAGACUCAAAAACCUUAACAGGAGAUUGCUAAAGGAUUUGAGCCCUUAGUAUGCCUCUAUGCACCCAAAAGCAGUGACUGAUGAUGAUUUUAGACAUUAUAAAACUGAACCUCGCACAUUUAUGGCAUGGCUGCCUCAUCUCGAACCUACCACUCUUGGAGUGUAGAGAGAAUUCAGCAUUAACACCCCCUUUGCUCUCCUGCCAAGUUAUUCAGUGGUCAGUGCACCAUUCAGAGCUUUCUUCCUUCCUUUUUCAGGGUAUGUAAUGACUAUUUGCUACAGACUGAUAUACAGUAAAACAUGUUUAAAAUCAUUGCUUUUCUGUCUGUUUUUAUUGAACUUUUUUGUUACUUAAAUUUUUUGUUCACAUUAUAUCAUUUUUUGGUUGACCUCUAUCCCUGUAUGAUCAUAUUAAAAUAUAACCAGACA